UGCAAGGGAAACAUAGUUGAUUGUUAAUAAAACAAUUUAGGGGGACUUGAGAAACAUUAACAUUCGUAUUUGUGUGACUGGGUCAUAGUCUUACUGAACACAAAACCAGAAUAAGGUUUUUGGAUUGUUUCAGUUUCUUGUUGGGAAGGCCCAUUUUUGAUUAGUCAACGACCAGAUUGACCAGCGAUGACGUCGACUUCUCUGUUUUGUUUUCAAACUUAAAGACCCUCGCGGCAUUUGAUUUCGAUUUCCGAUUAGGGUUCCUCGCAGAUCCUCCUUCCUCGGCUGUAACAAGAUAGAGAAGAAGAUGAAUAUGGAAGUGGAUACAGUAACAAGGAAGCCUCGUAUCUUACUAGCUGCAAGUGGAAGUGUGGCUUCAAUUAAGUUCAGUAAUCUCUGCCAUUGUUUCUCAGAAUGGGCUGAAGUCAAAGCCGUCGCUUCAAAAUCAUCUCUCAAUUUCGUUGAUAAACCUUCUCUACCUCAGAAUGUGACUCUCUAUACAGAUGAAGAUGAAUGGUCUAGCUGGAACAAGAUUGGUGAUCCCGUUCUUCAUAUCGAGCUCAGACGCUGGGCUGAUGUUAUGAUCAUUGCUCCUUUGUCUGCUAACACAUUAGCCAAGAUUGCUGGUGGGUUAUGUGAUAAUCUAUUGACAUGUAUAGUAAGAGCAUGGGAUUAUAGCAAACCGUUGUUUGUUGCACCGGCGAUGAACACUUUGAUGUGGAACAAUCCUUUCACAGAACGGCACCUUGUCUUGCUUGAUGAACUUGGAAUCACCCUAAUUCCUCCCAUCAAGAAGAAACUGGCCUGUGGAGACUACGGUAAUGGCGCAAUGGCUGAGCCUUCUCUGAUUUAUUCCACUGUUAGACUGUUCUGGGAGUCACAAGCUCGUAAACAAAGAGAUGGAACCAGUUGA